AUGGCGUCGAACGGUUGGUGGCGAAUCGCGCGGUGGACGCUGACAGCUGUCGGCGACGACGACGACGACAUCUACGAGGAGGUCGUCGAAUCGCCGCUGACGAACAAGCUCGUCGACAAAGAGCAAGAGUUUCAUGAUUUUGUCCGUCAACAAAUCAUAUGCAUGUGGCUCUUCAUGGCGUUGUACAUCAUCGCUUAUAUGGUCAUCGCGAGGCUCAAACGAAAAACCGAACGCGAAGCGCUGUAUGCCGGCGAAGAGGACUAUUUCGUCUAUCGCGUCUCCGUCUGGAUGUGCUGCAUUUCGAUGGGCGUCUCGAUCGGCUCGCUUCUCUUAUUGCCAUUCUCGGUGAUUGGCGUCGAAUUGUUGCAAUUGUACGAGCACAAUUAUUAUUUCCAAUGGCUCUCCUAUUCGCUGAUCGGCUCCCUAUGGAAUUAUGUGUUCACACUCUCGAAUCUCUCGCUGUUCGUCCUAUUGCCGUUCUCGUAUUUUUUCAUCGAAUCGCAAGGCUUCUCGAAUGCGCGAAAUCGAAAUGGAAUCACGCAACGCGUUUACGAGACAUUGGCCAUCAGCGCGCUGUUCAUCGUCGUCCUGUUGUGUCUCGCUGAAAUUGUGCUCACCAUCAUCAAGUAUCCGGUGUCGUUCCUCUCGAUCACCUCCGUCAAUUUGCCGUUGAUCUAUUCGUGCGUCUCGCUCAGCGGCGCGCUUCUUCUGCUCAUCUCGACGCCGUACGGCUUCGCCAAAAUGUUCUCCGUCGUUCGAGAAUUCUUUUUUGGCGUCGACGUCGUCGAGGUCGACGAGCGCGAGAAUGUCGGCGGCGGCGGCGGCGAUGAGUUCCGAAAAGAUAGCGACAGUGGCAUCGAGUCGGGCUCGACGGAGGAGAUGAAGCUCGACUCGGAGGACGAGCGAUUGAUACGCGAAGCUGGCGGUGAUGCGUCGCCGUCGCGAAUUCGCCGACGACGAAGGAAACAUGAUUAUGCGGAGACGACGACGACGACGAUGAUCGCGAAGCGAACCGCUGCACCUUGCUACUCAUAUUUGGGCACGAAUGGCCUGUCGUCGAGACGUUGUCGAUAUUAUUCCGAGACUCAACGCGACCCGAUCGAGAAUUUGGAUUUGGAAUUUGAUGGCUGGAUACCCACGAAUCACUACAAUCUCCAAUCGCCGCUUCAUAUUGGAAGUCCGCUUCUCGCGUCGACGCCGAUGGCCGACAUUCGCAAAUUUUCCGAACGACGCUCGAAAUCGGAUGAAGCGCUGUGGAAGCCGAGUCGAUAUCUCAUCAAAGUUCGCCAAUUUGGCAUAUUUCGAAAAGCGGCCGAAAAUGUGCGAAACGCGCGAAACUCGCGAAUCCUCAAACUAUUAUUGAGUCUACGAUUCCCGAUGAUUCUCGCCGUCCUUCUCAUAUUGACGACAAUCGCCCUAAUGAUGGUGGCGAUCAACACGCUGAAAUUGCUGUUCGGCUUCCGAAGCCUUCCCGAAUACGCGCAGAUCAUCGAGGUGCACACGCGUCACAGUUUCGGGUUGUUCGGCGCGUGCGUCGAGACGCUCAUCAUCGUCUACGUGAUGGUCACCUCGUUCGUCGGCCUCUACUCGCUGCCGCUUCUUCGCUCGAUUCGGCCGAUUCGACGCGACACGUCGAUGACGGCGCUCAUCAUCAACUCGUCGUUGGUGUUGGUGGCGAGCUCGGCGCUGCCGGUGAUUGUCAACACGUUGGGCAUGACGACAUUCGAUCUACUCGGCUCGUAUUCAUCGCUCCAAUGGCUCAGCUCGUUUCGCGUCGUGCUCGCUUAUAACCUCAUGUUUCUGGUGCUCUGCGUUGCGCAUUUGUUCAAUUCGCUGACGGGUCCGAUGCGAAAGGAAAUUUGGAAACGAAUUUGUCAAUUGCGCGGCCGAAAAAAGCAGAAAAAUUUAUAA